UGGCGAGAGGUGAGUGGCCGUGUGUGGCUCGGAAGUUGGCAGACUCUCUGCGCUGCGGAGGAUUGGAGUCUGUUUUCUGGCUGGGUGCUACCCAAAUCAUUUUCAAGGUUUAGUUAAGACAGAAAGAUCGAAGGGAGUAGGAAAAAAAAUGACAUUAGCUCCUUCUCUGCCUCGCUUCCAUUCCCCCUUCCUCUGUUGCCCUCUGAAAUCCACUUCCCUCUGCAAGUCUUUCCCAAUUCAGCGUAAACCCACAUCAUUUCCAUGUAUCAGAGCUAUCGAAUUCGAUCAAAACACGGUGGUGGCUGUAUCCGUUGGUCUUGUGAGUGUGGCCAUCGGGAUUGGCAUUCCAGUGUUCUACGAAUCCCAAAUCGAUAAUGCUGCUAAGAGAGAAAACACCCAGCCUUGCUUCCCAUGCAAUGGUUCUGGCGCACAGAGAUGCAGAUUCUGCAUGGGAACAGGGAGCGUGACAGUAGAGCUUGGUGGGGAUGAGGAAGAGGUGUCUCGAUGCAUAAAUUGCGAUGGUGCCGGUUCAUUGACAUGCACUACUUGUCAAGGAACCGGAAUUCAACCUCGCUACCUUGACCGUAGAGAAUUCAAAGAUGAUGAUUGAGCUCAACAAAGACGAGGCAGGAAAUUUGGAAUUACUCAUGAGGCCAAUGUACUGAUUGGAUUUCUUUGCUGUAUACAUACUUCAUCAAAAUGUACAAAUUGCAUUCAUGUUUUAAUUUUUGUUUGCCUCUUUAUCAGUGAUACAAUGCUUCCUCCCUUUCGUGACUUAUCACUCUGUAAAAUUUUUGAAGCGAUUAGUAUUUUGUUAUUCGAUUCUUUUCUAUACUUGAAAUUUGAAAUCGAAAUUAUAUCA